AUGUACCACGGCGCAUUCUGCUUCAUCCGCGCCGAUACUCCACCUUACUGCAAAUCCUCCCCCACAUCCUACAAAUUCGUCCUCGGCUCCCUAUUCUUCUACAUCCUCGAACGCACCAUCCGCGAGUUCCGCGCCCGCCUCCCCGCCACCUCCAUCUCCAAAAUCGUCCUCCACCCUUCCAAAGUCCUCGAAGUCCAAAUCAAAAAGCCCAACAACCGCCAAGGGGAUUCAUCCUUCUUUCGUACCAAGGCGGGCCAGUACAUUUUUUUGAAUUGCCCGGAUAUUUCUGCAUUUGAAUGGCACCCGUUUACGAUUACUUCUGCGCCCGAGGAGGAUUACGUGAGUGUUCAUAUUCGGAUUGUGGGCGAUUGGACGACUGCCUUUGCGAGGCGGUUGGGGUGUUCUUUUGAUGAUGAACAGCAGUUCUGGAUUGAGGAGCUCAGGAAUCGGUCAAUGGGAGGCGAGAUGGAGAUGGCUGGGGUAGACGGAGGGAUCGCUUCGGCGUCUAGUACUGCAGUCGCUACUGACUCGAUGGUGUUUGGAUCUGGCGCUUCUUUGAGCGGUGCCAAAUCACGGGUCAAUCCCUCUGCCUCAACGAACAGCAUGCAAUUCCACACACCGCCAGACCCGCCCAUCAUAACCCUCCCCCGAGUCCUCCUCGACGGCCCCUAUGGCUCACCAAGCGAAGACGCUUUCAACUACGAGAUCGCCGUCCUCGUCGGCGCCGGCAUCGGCGUCACCCCCUUUGCCAGUGUCCUCAAGCAUAUCUGGUACAGCGUCAUGCAACCCACAAAAAUCAUUACCCUGCGAAAGGUUUACUUCUUUUGGGUCUGUCGGGACCGGGAUGCGUUUGAGUGGUUCCAGGAUUUGUUGAUUGCGCUCGAGGAACAGAACUUGAGUGACUUUUUGGAGAUUCGGAGUUAUUUGACGGGUGAGUUGGGGAAGGAGGAAUUGGAUACGGUUUUGAUGGAGGCCAGGGCUUCUGCGGCUGCUGCUGCGGCGAGGCAUUUCCGGAGUAAGCAUUAUGGUGGUGGUGGUGGUGGUGGUGGUGGUGGGGUGCAUCUGGGACAGGCGGUUGAGGGUGAGGAAGGUGAGGAAAGGGAUCUAUUGACGACACCGCAGGUUCCUCUGGAUGGAUCUGGCGCGUUCCCGAUGGAGGUCAUGCUGGGCGAAGAGUUCAACAGAUCCAAUGAGACCUUGUCAGACUCGCGCGACAGGGACGCGAUUACAGGCCUGAGGUCACCAACUUACUACGGCCGCCCCAACUUUGACAAGAUCUUUGGAGAAUUGGCCCUGGCACAUCCACGAGAACACGGUCAAGUCGGUGUUUUCUUUUGCGGACCCAAACCACUUGGGAAGACACUCCAUCGUUGUGCACGCAAGUAUAAGUUCGAGUUCCAUAAAGAAAACUUUUGA